CAUACACCCCUGCAUGCAGAUAUGCAUUCAAGAGUCUUUUGUUAAAAUUUAGGUCUUGCUGUCUGACAUGUCCAACACGGGGUCCAACCACUAACAAUAAUAAUAUUGAUGAAAAUCUAUACUAGCCAACAUUUUUCUAAAUCUUACUUGUAUUAAACUUCCAAUUUUAUUUGGGAUUUUUUUUUCUUAUAUAGGAAUUACUAAUUAGGAUCUAACUUUACAGCUGGCCGAACGGCGGCAGCGCAUACCGCGGCGGCGCGGGCGGGCAGCGCAGCGGUCCAAUCUGCCACCAGUACAGUACAGUAGUUACCACUGAUCUGACAGCUGACCGAUCGACCUGAAAUAAAAUUUGAACAAGCGAUGUCAGGUGUAACUUCAAGUGAAGCUGAUCAGGGGGAAAAUGAUGAAAUUGAUGUGGUUUCCAUGGAUACGAAAUCCCCAGGAGUUAAUAGGGAGGAAGCUAAGUCACAGGAUGAAGACAUUAUCAUGGAGACAGUGGAUGACCAUGAUGCAGAAGAUGAAGAAGAAGAGUCCUCUAAUGUGACCAUCAUCCACGAGGAGGAAGAAAUGAGGGAAAAUGUAGAUGUAACAGAGGACGAGUCCUUGGGGGAUCAGUGUUACUGUGAAGGCAAAGGGGAUGGUCCGAUGAUCUCCUGUGAAAAAUGCAAGAAGUCUUUUCAUUUAGCUUGCUUCAAAACUGGCAAUCCUACAACUCUAGAAGGGGACAUUUUCUUCAAACUGAAUUGCAGUACAUGUAAGGCGCCUGAAGAUGAGACAGUGGAAAGAAUGAGAUUGACUUGGCAACAAGUUGUGAUGCUGUCUCUGUACAAUUUAGCUCUAAGAAGGAGUGGGAGGAGAGGAUUUUUUCGCUGGAAGGAAGACAUCUGUGAGUUUAUCUCUCUACACUGGAACCUCAUCUUUGGAGCACAUAAAAUCAAGACAACCACUUGGCAUGGUACAGUUGCUGGUGUAUUAUCCGUAGGUAACAAACAGCUUUUCAGAUCUGGCGCUGCAGAGUUCAAUGAGACAGGAUGGUGGACAUUGAUUGAAAACAAACCUCCAACCCUUAAACAAGAACCUUCAUUAAAAGCAAAACAAAUUGGUGGGAGAAAAGUGCGAACGGUGUUCGAGCCUACCAUCAAAGUCGAAGGUUUACGGAAUCGAAAGAGGGGCACUUCAGCUGAGUCAGCAAUAGAACUCAAGGAAAAGCGAUCAAGAACACAGGAAGCUAAGGAUAUACGACGAGCAAAGCAAGCUUCAGAAGAGGAAUAUAAGAAGAAACAUCAGAAAGACAGCAAGGACGAUGAGAGUAGUCUAGAUAGCUUUACUGGGAGUGAGAAUCUGGGUCAGCCGACUGCGGUACCUGAUUCCCCAUCAAUUCUCAGCCUUCUUGGAGGAGAUAAUAGUUCAGAUUCAUUCACAUCUAACCUGCUCAACGAGAGUGAUCUUACACCAGAAGUUAACCUUCCCAUCAUGCUGAUGGCUGGUGAUGAGGAAGAUGCACUAUGUCAUGGUGGGAGCAAAGGCCUAUCUGACUUAUCAACACCACCCCCACCCAUCAUUGUGAGUCGGCAAAUUAGCAACGAGUCCUCUCAAGAUUCUCUGAUGGAAGGUUUUAGUGAAGCCCCAUCUUUUGCAGGAUCUCUCAGAUCUCUGGAUAGUUCGGCAAACAGUGGCAAGGAGAACAAGUCAAGAAAACAUAGGGUCAAAGGUCAAACUGAGAUUAAGGGCAAGGAUGCAGCAGAGGAGGGGGAAGAAGACUCAUUUAAACCAAAGUUUCUUCCAAUGAGUGUGUAUGAGGAAAGACAGCUUCUGAAACUCUUAGAAUCAUGUUCUGAUGCAGUAGAUGCAGAUCCAGUUGCUAGGAGACUGAGGAGAAAGCUUCUUAUUAGACAGGAGAAACGAGCAAGGGGUCAGCCACUUUUUGACCUUGAUGCCUCCUUGCAGCAGAUGUUACAACAUCGGUGUCACAUGACACCGUCCAAGAUGGCACGGUCCGUCUUUACCCAGAGUCCUCGUAGGGGAGGGGUCAAUCCCCAGGGUGUGGGGAUGCAGUAUGUGUCAUCGGGUCAACAAGAAGGAGAUUACAGGAUUCUAGAUCGCUUUCAAAUGUCUCACUACUCUGCUCCAACUGUCCAUCAGCCUCAGACUUCAUUCAAAGCUCGUCUUGUUGGUUGCAAUGAGUCUGCUAUGAUGCAGAGUAUCGUCAGUCCAUAUACAGCUAGGGUUCUGAAGCCUUUCAUACGGCGUGAUGCAGAGUCCAAACCUCUCAAGCUUUGUCUACUCCAGGAGAUUGUGGAGCACCAUCGCAGAGUAGAUCCAUCAUUUCAGGCACCUCCUGUUGCACCGAUCGACUACUGCUAUGUUCGCCCUCAGCACAUCCCCUCCAUCAAUGCUCUCUGCCGAGAGUUCUUCUGGCCAGGCAUUGACUUAUCGGAAUGCCUUCAUUAUCCGGACUUCAGUGUGGUAGUUCUCUAUCGUAAGGUUGUGAUUGGUUUUGGAUUCAUGGUUCCUGAUGUCAAAUACAACGAAGCCUAUAUAUCAUUUCUCUUUGUCCAUCCGGAAUGGAGAAAUGCAGGCAUUGGUACUUUCAUGGUCUACCAUCUUAUUCAAACGUGUAUGGGCAAAGAUGUGACACUGCAUGUAUCGGCCAGUAACCACGCCAUGUUGCUCUAUCAGAAGUUUGGAUUCAAGCAGGAAGAACUCUUUUUGGACUUUUAUGAUAAAUAUUACCCUGAGGAUAGUCAGGAAUGUAGACAUGCUUUCUUCUUAAGGCUGAGGAGAUAGCACCAAGGUGAAUCAUGGAGCCGGUUAACCCAUUGGAUUUUUUUGAUAAGGACUACAUGUGUAUUCUGUGAAGUGUUGCAAAUGGAGAGGUUCAAAAAAAGAGACAACAGACAGACAGUAAACAACUCUGACUUUGGUAUAUAAAAGCCAAGUUCACCCCAACAAGAAAUAGAGUGGAUUGAGUUUACCCAUCUACGUGCAGCCUAGACAAGCCAAUUUGUUUGUAGAUUGUGAAUGCCCAGAUUAUCACAUGAAUGAAUCAUUAUGUUUUGGCUGAAAUAGAAGCAGAUUCCAUCAUGGCAUUCCUAUCACGGUAAUAAAAAUGCUUUAUAGUCUGAGAGUGCCAGCGCAUGAAUUUAUGAUUGAGUAAAUUAUCAUGUAAUCUAUGUAUAAUUUAGAGAGGUACUCCAAGCUGAUUUGAAAACAAACCUGUGGUUAAUUUAAUUCAGGCCAAAAAAUUAAAGAUUUCAUUAAAUAUGAUGAAAAUAACUUAGCAAGGUUAUGCAUUACUUUGAUGAAACAUUUAUUUAUGUCUAUUACUAAUGUGCAAUGAGUGAGCUGACAGUGUCUCAUCCCACCUUUCCUUUUUCUUUUGUUUCCCCUCAUUUUCAUCAGUUGAUGCGCAUUUCUCCUCUGAUAUCACUUUCAUGUAAUGAAAUACUAAACAAAAGGUAGAUAUAUACCAUCAUUGGCUCUCUCAUUACAUAUGGUAAUUGUGUUGAAAGUCACAUGUAACUUACAAACAGUUUAUGAAAUAUCAACCUGUUCUUGGGUGUUAAAUCAGAUUCUCAAUCAUCUUGAUUUUUCUCAGUUAAAGUUGGAAUCCCAGUUUUGAAGUAUAACACCCUGAUAUUUAUAUAUUUUUCCUUUAAUCAUGGUGGCCUACUUGUUAUUUUGACUACCAACUUUAACUGAUUGUGUAUUUUUUUUUCUUGUCAAUUUGUUCAAUUUUUGUGUAUUUAUUAAUUUUAUUUCUGUUUUAUAUAAGUAGUUAAUUGUGCGCCUUGAGUGUCAUCGACAGAUAUGUGCGCUAUACAAAUCUUUAAGUAUUAGUUUAUUAUUAUUAUUAUUAUGGUCUCUUCAGCACAGGAAAGCUGUUUUUCAAGAGAGCCCUGUAAAGCAUAUGAAUGGAAAGUUCAUAUUUUGUCAAUAUUUGAUAAGGGUUAUAUGAAAUUAAUUCCCACUAUACAUUUGGCAAAAACUGGUCUACCCCAUUUAGCAAAAGAAUAUGUAUCAGUCAUGUAUUAAUUUGGGUAUAACUUUUCACCCAGAAGGAAAACGAAAAAGGGAUAGACCUAAAAGAACAUGGCAGAGAACUGUAGAGAAGGAGAGAGAUACCAAUGGAUUGAAGAGUUGGAAUGAGGCCAGGGGUUGUGCUAUAGACCGCCAAAAAUGGAAAAAAAAAUCUUUUGUAUUUCAUUAUAUGAAAUUAGGUUUAUUCAAAAAAUUUCUACCAAGAACUAUAACAGGUGGAUUGACAACUGAUUAAGUGCACCAACGAACGUAGAGGGCAGCAACACACACUGCCCUCUACGUUCGUUAGUGCAUAAGUUAUGCAUUGCUGCAACUUAUUUCAUCAUAAAGGAGACACAUCAUUUGCACAUGUAUGAAAAAAUAAAACAAUCAAGGUUUCAUGUAAUAACAUAAGAAAAGGGAAAGUGGAGAUGUGACACCAUCAGCUCAUCUAAUGAAUAUUCAUGACGACGUGCAUAACUGUUUUCACAAAAUGUUGCUUAACUUUGAAAUUCAAUAACUUCGUUAUUUGUUAUCUGGUUUUGAUGAAAUAUUCAGAAUUUUGCUGUGUGAAUUUUACUUUAUUUAUUUAGAUAUUUAAAUAUCUUCAGCCCGGAGCAUCCCUUUAGGCCUUAUUUUUUCACUAUUUAGGAAAUUUUGAGCUAAGUUUUGAGCAGUCUGAUAAAAAUGCUAAUAAAGAUGUAAAGGCUA